AUGUCUAGCUCCCAUCCAUCCCUUAAGCGAGGGGCUGGUACCCAGGACGACCCCGAAUUGCUCUAUUCGGACGACGGGGAGUCGUAUCUGACCGAGGAGGAAGAGGAUGACAUCAGAGUCAAGAAAGAAGGCGAUGAUGCAGAGAAGAAAGGGGAUCCACACUCGCUUCAUUCGGAUAGCUCUGAGAGACCCAAGUCGGCAUACGAAUACCAUCAGCCAGCCUUCCGCUUGGUUCCGGACGUCAAACAACACCCUACGUACGAGACAUGUCGAAAUACUAUGCUGGGAAGAAUACGGACCAGCUCAAGCGCAACGACUGUGAGGGGCUUCCAGAGCCUCCUCGCGCACUUGGUCGACCCCAAGUCCGUCUGGGGUAUCAUCGAGCGCCCUCCAGACGGUGCGCAAGUACAUCAGUGCACGCGGUGUGCUGCGCAUGUCGAUCGCGAGUGUAUUGUCCGUCUCGAGCACAUCACUGUGGGGUUGGAUCCACUCUCUUACAAAGUUGUGUCAAGGUGCAUAAUCUGCAUGACUAAGUCUAGGAGCUGUAGUAUCACAAAGAGUCGGAACUCUGUCUCCAAGCGCAUACGUUCCAGCCCAUCUGAACGCUCCAUUUCUAGGCAACCUCAAGGCUCCUGGGCAGGCCCCUCGACAUCUGCGCCUCCGAAUCAAGCACAGACCCGGGCGGAACGUUACAAGGGCGUUCCUUCAGGUGUCCGAAGCGUCGCUCCUGUUAUACGGUCCCAGCGGCAACCCCAACUCCCGGCUUCGAAGAGCACUAAUUCGACCGCACCCGCCAAUAUCGGUCCCACGCCUGCGCACACGCUUACCAGCAAGGCAGAUACCGCGGAGGCCAGACACGGGAUCGCGCAGACCCAGCAAACCACCAUCACCAGCAUUUGCCGGUCUCAUCCGCCCCUCGCCAACGGCGCCUCCCUACCCAAAGACAAACCCCCUCCUCCCGGUCGCGGCCCUAGCGUCGCAAAACUUCUCUCGGCUCUGGACGAUAUCGAGGCCUUCUCGAUCCGCGGACAGGAGCUCCUCUCUCUCAAUGGCCAGGUCGAGCUUCCAUGGGAGACAAAGUCAAUCUUCAAGAUGCUGGGGGUCGAGUUGACAGUACUUCGGCGUAUAUACGAAGCUGACAACUGGAUCGGUUCGGCGGAACCAGCGGCUGCUGGCUCUAGCUCGGACAACGCGCGCGCGCUGGGAGCCGUCCGAUACAUCGAGGAGUUCAGGGGUCAUUUGAAGGAGAGGAUUGAGAAGAACAACGGAGUCCUCGGGUUCGAGCUCAAGACCCAGUUUCGCUUGAUGGAGGAGCACCAAGCGGUGAUCAACGAGGGAGGAGAUAUCAUUGCAUCUGUACAAGUCGGUAGGGGUGUGCUCACAAUCUCGAUGGACACGUAUUUAUGGCGGACCGCUCUCCCAUCUACUGACACCUCGCCGAGUGCAUCUUUGGGAUCUACCAUGUCCAGAGAUAUCAGUAACUCUUCGCAAACGCCCGUCAUUGUGGAGGACGACAGCUCGGACGAUAUCAUAUCCGGCCUCUCUUCGGCCGAAACGGACGCCUCUGACUUCAUCCACGAUGUCCCAGUCCAUCAGCGUCAGUCCAACGCGAGCGAUGACGAUUACGAGGAAGGGCGGAAGCGAAAGAGUGUCGGGAGGGGUGCCGGACCCUCCCAGCCUGUCAAAAGGAAGAGGAAGUCGGUGGUCACAUCCGACGACAAGCAGGAGGAUGAAGAGGAGUCGGAGGAGGAGAAUGAGAUCGAUGAUGGGGGGCUGAGCGAGCUCUUUGUUCAGAAGGCUGUGCGGGUCAUUGUCAAGAUCAAGCUCAAUUCCGUAUGGGAUCAAGCCAACAGGAAGGCUCGGGAUACCCAGAACGACCGCGAGGCAAGCUCUAGCGCCAGGAAGUGCGCGAGAUCGGUCCGCCGGUAUCUCCAGGAGGAGGAUACGAUUUGGGGAUCGGUCAAGACAAAGCAGGAAGACGGUUUAGACGGCCGGUGCCAGGCCUGUUCUAAGCGAGACAGCGACUGCGUUGUGCAGCUGCUCGGCGUUCAGAUGUGUACACUGCAUCGCCACCGCCAAAAACUGCAGCCUCAGCCGGGAGUGGCAAGCGAUAGAUCCUGGACCGGCUUGAAGAGGCGGCCGCGUCCGAAAAAGGCCAGAGUGGUGCACGACGGCAUGUUCGAGGGGCGGGCGGUCUCGCCUGGUCUCGCCUGGUUACACGCCACUAACCCUCAUCCGGUAUAA